AUGACUUCCGACGAUAUAUAUGAUCAUGAAAAUAAUGAUUCCAACUUUGGUUCCGUGAGAAUUUCCCCAGCUUCACCUGGUGGUGUGAACAGCAUCGAUAACUUUGCCCGCUCUUGGCAGAGAGCUGCUGGUUUCCCCGAAGUCUUGCCACGACCCCCUUCGUUCGUACAAGCAGACGACGACGACGAAUUUGGUAUCGCUACAGGAAUCGAUAACACUCCCAGAGCCUCUUCUCAGAUCCGAGAUUGGGAUGUAGAUCGACCUCUCCUUUCCGAGGAUUCGGGCGGUGAGGAUGGCGAUGAAAACUUCAGUCGCCACGGAGGGUCUAGACGUGGCCUGCUCAAUACUGGCUUGAUCUCCUCUUCCUGGGAGAGGAGCUACCCUACUUCAUACGGCACUGUUGCGUCGCGCAUGAGCGAAUCCACUCGACGUCAUGCCAUUCAGUUUCAUAGGGAACAAGAGAUUGUUGCAGACGUAGUGGGAGAUCCUGAUCGCGAACCUCUUCUUCUCAAACAUGUUCAGCAUGAAGAUGGCACAGAGGAGAACAUGAUUGUUGGACAAUCAACUGUGCCACAAACAGUCUUUAACUCAGUCAACGUGCUAAUUGGUAUUGGUCUCUUGAGUCUCCCUCUAGCAAUGAAGCAUGCUGGGUGGUUAUUAGGAUUGUCAUUCCUUAUAUUUUCUGCUGUGACGACUUCUUAUACCGCCAAAAUCCUAGCCAAGUGCCUCAAUGUUGAUAAGACACUUGUCACAUAUGCGGAUCUGGCAUAUAUUAGCUUUGGACAUCAUGCUCGUCUUGUAACCAGCUUCCUCUUCUGCCUGGAACUCCUAGGCGCUUGUGUGGCUUUGGUCGUGCUAUUCUCUGAUAGCCUGUACAGUUUGAUUCCAGGCCUGAGUAUAUUGGAAUGGAAAAUUGUCUGUGGUAUUGUGCUAGUCCCCUUGCAAUUCCUCCCACUUCGUUUUCUUAGCGUGACUAGUAUCCUGGGGAUAAUAUCUUGCACAUCUAUUGUUAUCAUAAUCUGUGUCGAUGGGUUAAUCAAGCCCGAUUCCCCGGGUUCUCUUCGACAACCUGCCAAUACGUUCCUUUUCCCUGAGAACUGGGCUACCCUUCCUCUGAGCUUUGGUCUCAUCAUGUCACCAUGGGGCGGACAUGGCGUCUUUCCCAAUAUCUAUCGGGACAUGAGACACCCGCACAAGUAUGGAAAGAGUCUUUGGACUACAUAUAUUUUCACAUUUUCUCUCGAUUGUUCCAUGGCUAUAAUCGGCUGGGUCAUGUUCGGUGACGUCGUUCGUGAUGAAAUCACAGCAAACAUCCUUAGGGAUGACUCCUAUCCCCAGCUUUUGUCUGUGGGCAUCAUCAUCUUUGUCUCGAUCAUUCCUCUGACAAAGGUUCCUCUCAAUGCUCGACCUCUCGUAGCCACAUUUGAAGUUCUUUGCGGAGUUGGAGCAGGACAUAUAUCCACUGAUGGGCGAGAAAAAGUGGACAAUCUCAUCCGAGUAUUCGUCCGAGUCUUCACAAUAGCUCUCAUUGUCGUCUUAUCUGUGGUAUUUCCAGCAUUUGACAGGAUCAUGGCUUUCAUGGGAUCAUUCUUGUGUUUCACUAUUUGCAUCAUCUUCCCCCUGGCAUUUUAUCUGAAGAUCUUUGGGAACCAGAUCAGUCGGCGGGAGCGCAUUCUUGAUUGGUUUUUGCUAAUCAUAUCCACAAUAUUGGCGGCGGUGGGAACUAUUUGGGCGUUCUUGCCCAGGGAAUUGAUAUCGGGGGAGGAACCUAGUAGCUGGUAG